UGGAAGGAAAAGAAAAAAAAGAAUCAAGAUGGUAUCUUUUUAUAACUGGAAGUCUUUGGGUAUUCCAUAUUUUUCUUUGAUGUGGACUUUUUUUUUUUUUUAAUCAUUUUGGAGUCUUAUGAGAAACCCAUCUCUCUAUAUUGUCUUUCUUUAUGUGCCUCUCUGUUUUUGCUCUAUAAAUGACUGGUCAUAUUUGUUUAAACUCCCCACCCAAUACUUGUCUUCCCUGGUAUUUCUUUUGUUAUGCAAAGUGAGCAUAAGCUUUUAGAAGUUAAAAUGGAGGAAUUGGAUUUUGUUUGGACUUAUGAGGAGGCAAUUGAAGAUUUGAAGCAGAAUCUUCUAUACACAACCAUUGAAUUAGAGUCACUGAAAAAAGAAGCAAGUGAAAAGAUACAAAAACAGAAGGAAGAUAUGAAGUGUUUGAUCAAUCUUGUAAGAAUUGCUUACCAACAAAGAGAUGAAGCAAAAGAACAGCUGCAGCUACUACUAAUCAAGAAAUUCAAUCCUUCAAGCCCUACUGAGCUUAAUCCAAUCCUUCCUCAUACCCAACUAGAAAGUCCACUUUUAUUGCCAGCAAAAGCAAAUUCAAGCGUAACUGAAUCCAACAGUUUAUCUGAGACUUAUCAUAGUCACUACUCACAUGGCUCUCCCCCUGUUGAUUCCUUUUACAAUCCUGUUUCAUCGCCCGAUUUCUCGACCAUCAAUGUAGUUGAUUCUAGAAAAUUGGGUGCUUUUGUGAAUCAACCAUUUGUUCUGGACGUCAAUGGCUCAAACCCCUCAUCAGUUUUAGUCUCUUCAGGAGUGCCUAAGAUUGAUAGAGCUACUUCUGUUAUUGACAGUUUUGCUAAGGGAAAAACUUUGCCUCAAAAGGGUAAGUUGAUGAAAUCAGUGAUGGAGGCCGGUCCUCUGCUUCACACACUUCUUCUUGCUGGUCCACUUCCUAGGUGGAGGAAUCCUCCUCCAAUUCAACCAUUCAAAAUUCCUCCUGUUACCAUUUCUGAGACUCUGAACAAAAAUCCAAAUGGAGCUGCUGCUAAUCCAAGCGGAAUUGUUCAGAAAUCAAUUAGUCCACCGAUAAUAUUUAACUUGUCUUCUCAAAUGUGUUCAGCAUCAAUGUUAAGUAUUGUUUCUUCUCCUAGUUCAGGCCAUAACAACGGAUUGCUGUCCUCUGGUGCCCUUACGACCAAUCAAGUCCCUGCUACCAAGCGACAAAGGUUUCAUUGAUGUCUUUAACAUUUUUUAUUGCCAUUUUUGUAAAAAUUUAAUGCAGUAUUCGAAAGAGUAAAAUGGAUACCCUUUUUUUUGGGUUUGAAUGACAUAAAGUCAAAUUAUGCACUGAUGCAUUCUUCUCCCGGUCGAGUU